AACUGGUUCCAUUAAGAGCUCUAUGAAAACUUUCAUUGUUCUCAAUUACACUGCAAAAUAGAACUAAAACAAGUAGAAAUGGGUGGGAUGGAUGAUUACCAUAGAAAACCUUCACAACAACAAAGCUCUUCGAUCCGGAACAAGCUCAAGAUCAUCUUAUUAGUCCUCUCGACCAAUAUCCUCACCAUCUACCUCGUGGCCGGACCUUCGGCGAACUUCAAACUGUCGAAAUACGGCCCGAAGUUUCAAUUCUUUGACUCUGAAACACUCCUCCAUGAGCUCAACUCCACACAAGCCAAACUCUCUUCAAGCCAGACCGAAAUGGUGGAGCUCCGGCGUCGUCUCAUGACCUCUAACUCACUCUUAGAAACACUCCUGACUGAGUUUGGAAAAGCUCAGAAGGAGAAGGCAUUGCCGGAGGAGUCAGAUGGUUGGCGACACAAGCUUUCCGGUGAGCUUAAGCUUGCUGUAGGUCCUCACAAACUCCCUUUAGGCUUCACACCGAAUCUUGGCGCUGAUGAGAUUUAUCCUGCUCUUGGCACUGCUUGCCGGAGAUACCAAGAAGAGCUGAUGCAGUACAUGAGCUAUCAAAUUGGCGGAGAAUGCCCCGCUGAUGAUGUUUUCGCGCAGCAUUUGAUGCUCAAGGGUUGUGAGCCACUUCCUCGCCGGAGAUGCCACCUGAAGCCCCCUGCUGGUUAUGUUGAACCAUCUCCAUUUCCGGAGAGUCUCUGGAGCAUACCUCCAGACUCUAGCAUCACCUGGGAUGCAUAUACCUGCAAGAACUAUCAAUGUCUUGUUGAGAGAAACAAGGACAAGGGAUCUUAUGACUGCAAGGACUGCUUUGAUCUUAAUGGAAGGGAGAAGACAAGGUGGACCUUUGACAAUGGUGAGCUUGACUAUGGAAUUGAGCAGGUGCUGAAGAUGAAGCCGAAGGGGACCAUACGUAUCGGUCUUGACAUUGGAGGUGGAUCCGGAACAUUUGCUGCGAGAAUGAGAGAGCAUGAGGUUACCAUUGUCACCACAACAAUGAACUUCGAUGGCCCGUUCAAUAACUUCAUUGCAUCACGAGGGCUUGUGCCGCUGCACAUCAGUGUCGCGAAUCGGCUUCCUUUCUUUGAGAAUACGCUUGACAUCGUGCAUUCGAUGCAUGUGCUGAGCAACUGGAUCCCCGACGUGAUGUUGGAGUUUGCGCUGUUUGAUAUUUACAGGGUGCUGAGACCAGGCGGGCUGUUCUGGCUUGAUCACUUCUUCUGCAUCGGAAAUCAGCUCAACUCCACGUAUGUGCCUACGUUUGAUCGGAUUGGGUUCAAAAAAUUGAGAUGGAAUGCAGGGAGGAAGCUCGACAGAGGGAUCGAAAAGAAUGAGUGGUACAUCUCUGCCCUACUUGAGAAACCAAUGACUUGAAUUAGAACAUCCAAACUUACAGCAAAAUAGCAGUACCUUAACUUGGUCUUUUAGUCUUUCAGUU